AUGUACUCCUCCACUGCCAUCAGCGUUGGCUUGUUCGCCGCCACGAUCCUUGCCCACGGCAACAUCACGAGCCCUCCAGCUCGUCUUCCCGGCCCAGCCAUGGCGAAGGUCUGUGGUCAAGCCGCUGUUUCAGCCGUCAAUGCCGACGGCACCGGCCCGCUCGAGAACAUUCCCAGCAACGGCUCACCGCAAUGCAACAUCGGUCUUUGCAAGGGUGCGCAAUUCGCCGACAAUCAGAAGAACGUCCAGCAAUACGCGCCCGGAGAGCAAGUCAACUUCGCCGCCGUCCUCCCCAUUCCUCAUGAGGGACCUUGCAACAUCUCCAUCAUUGACACCGCGACAAACACCAUGGUAGAGACGCUGCUGGUGUUCGAUUCGUACGCAGAUGAGAACUUGGCGCAGCUGCCGCUGAACAACACACAGUUCAGUGUCAUUAUGCCGCAGGGUCUGCCCGCCGGACAAUGCACACAACCAGGAGAGUGCACGAUGCAGUGGUUCUGGUUCGGUACCAACGCGCAGCAAACAUACGAGAACUGCGUCGACUUCGUAAUGACGGCGUAG